AUGUUGUAUUCUGUGCGAUCCUUUUUGUUGUGUAAUCAGGCAGUAAGGCAAAGCUCCAAGCCAAGCCCGGUCACAAUGGUGUAGGUGGAGCCAUUCCUUGGCCUCUGGGUCAUUUGGCUGAAUUUAUGGCGGAGCUACAGAGAACAAGAAUUUACUGGCGGCUUGGGGUUGGGUUAUUUCGCACUAACCACAGGUACAAAACGAAGUCUAAGGGACAAGCACCGUUCGGGGCCCCGGGCCCCGGCGGCACCACCUGUCCCGGCGCGGGGCCGGGCUCCGGGCCACAGGCCGCGCCCCGCCCCGCCCCGCGCGCGCCGCUCCGCGGGCCCCGCCCCUCGGGCCGGCCAAUGGCAGCGCGCCCUUCCCCGCCCGGCGCCGCCAUUGGCCGGGGCCGCGGCUUCCGCCCAGGGCCGGGAUUGGCGGCGGCGCGCGGGCGCGAAAGGCGGCAGCGGCAAAGCCCCGGCGCGCGCCGGUGUCCGCGUGUCCAGAAGUGGCCUUUGAAGUCUUGGAUUUUUUUUUACCUGCGACUUGUUUUGUGAUGGAGACCGUGUUGAAGUCUCCCUGUGAUGAACAGCACCCUCAGCAGGCUGAAGACUUCCACGGGAAUCUUGAGCAGAACAGCAAGCUUUCAGCAGGAGUAAAAAAAGAUAUUGAAAAACUUUAUGAAGCAGUGCCACAGCUUGUAAAUGUGUUCAAAAUAAAGGAAAAAAUUGGGGAAGGUACUUUUAGUUCUGUUUACUUGGCCACGGCACAGCUACAAACAGGAUAUGAGGAGAAAAUGGCUCUGAAGCACUUGAUUCCAACCAGCCACCCUCUGCGAAUAGCUGCUGAACUUCAGUGCCUCACAGUGGCAGGGGGACAAGAUAAUGUUAUGGGAGUGAAAUACUGCUUUAGGAAAAAUGAUCACGUUGUUAUUGUUAUGCCAUACCUGGAGCAUGAGUCCUUCUUGGACAUUUUGAAUUCCCUUUCCUUUGAAGAAGUGAGGGAAUACAUGUUUAAUCUGUUUAAAGCAUUGAGGCGCAUCCAUCACUUCGGUAUUGUUCACCGUGACGUCAAGCCCAGCAACUUCCUCUACAACAGGCAGCUAAAAAAGUAUGCCUUGGUAGAUUUUGGCUUGGCACAAGGAACCCCUGAUACGAAAAUUGAGCUUCUUAAAACUGCCCACUCUGAAGACCAGCAGGGAAGUUGCUUGCAAACUAAUCCCAUUGUUACCUUGGGAAAUGGGGCUUCUGUCAGUGUCUCAGCACCUAAACAGAUAGCUCAACAGCCAGCCUCAAAAGCAGCUGAUAGAAGGUCCAGCUCACUUUCAAAAGUACAGAUGAAACAAGGAAGAGGAGGAAAGGAGGACUCUGUGCACCAUUCUGUCCAGCGCUCUGUCUUUGGAGAGAGGAAUUUCAAUGUCUACAGCUCCACAUACCAGGAGAACUCCAGCACAAAAGUCAUAAAACAAUCAAAGGUCAUAGAUGUUUCAUCUAGGAAGUUAGUAACAAAGAAGAAGAUUGUUUCUACCAAAACUGUGAGCAAUGGGGCGGCCAGGAAAGCUGCCAGUGGUUGCCCUUUAAACCUGCUCUGUGACUGUUAUGCAACGGACAGAGUUUGCAGUGUUUGCCUUUCAAGGCGUCAGCAAGUGGCUCCCAGGGCAGGAACACCUGGAUUCAGAGCACCAGAAGUAUUAACAAAAUGCCCCACUCAGACCACAGCAAUAGACAUGUGGUCUGCAGGAAUCAUAUUCCUUUCUCUACUCAGUGGACGGUAUCCAUUUUUCAAAGCAAGUGAUGAUUUAACUGCUUUGGCACAAAUCAUGACAGUUCGUGGAUCCAGAGAAACCAUUCAGGCUGCUAGAACUUUUGGAAAAUCAGUUGUGUGUACCCAAGUUGUCCCAACUCAAAACCUACGAACCCUCUGUGAAAAGCUGAGAGGAACAAAUAGCAGCUGUAAGAGAUCUCAGGGGGAAGGGCCCAGCAGGUCUGAAAACAGCACAGCUUUGUCAGUUGUAGCAGAUGAACCCUGUGCUCAUGAGACACUUGGAAAACAAAUUCAACACUUACAGAGUUUUCAGGAAGGUGAUGGUGCUUUGGAAACCAAGGCAACUGACAUGAAAGGAUGGGAUCAGGUUCCUGAUGAAGCAUAUGACCUACUUGAUAAGCUACUAGACUUAAACCCUGCAACAAGAAUAACUGCCAAAGAGGCUUUGCUGCAUCCUUUUUUUAAAGACAUAAGGCUCUGAGAAGAUAACUUACUUUGUUAUUCCUUUCAUAUGUUUUGUGUGGAAAUGAAAUACUGAGGCAGUCUUACCUUGUUGCCCUCAACAUUUACACUCAUUGAAGUAACGUCACGCUGUGCUCUGAGCUACUGAAAUUUUGUCUUGUACAGUUUGACUGCAAAAGUCAGUUUAAGAAAUACUUGCCGAUGCAAAAGUUACAUAAAUAUCCCUAACGUGGUCUUAUCCUAAGACACUUCUGAGAGGUUAUUGCUGUGCAUACCUGUUCUCUAAGAAAGUUAACUUUGAUCAAAAACAACAAAGAAAAAAGAGUUUCAUAAGCUCUAUGCUUAAUUCUCGAGAUAUUCCCUUAAAAUUUACAAGUUUGCCUUAAGGUAAGACUGAAAUAAGAAAGUGCUUGAGAGACUUUUUUCUGUACUUGCAUAUCUCUGCUUUGUUCCUGUUUGGUACAUGAGAGACUGAAAAUGGGAAGAAGAGUAUUCAUUGUGUUCAGACUGUUUUCAGAGAACAGUAUUACUUUGGGAGUGUUGCUAGAGGAAAGGCCAGGUGCUGGAGAUUAUAUCAUCAAAAGAAAAGCAUAACUUUUAAAAGUAUAUUUUUGUCCCUGUCUGGUCUUUGCUACUUAGGAAAUAGUAAUAAAUGCAGUUACUCGUUUUGCAUGUUUCCUCAGUGCCAUGGGUAACUGUCAAUAUUCCACAGCUGCUGCCUUCAAGGAUGUCUUGAGUGUCAAGUAUAGGUUUGAUUUCUGUUACAGAAACUGAUUUCUUAAAAAAUACCUGUUCAAUAAAUGAUUUGG